AUGCCAAACCAAAAUGGCAUGUCCAAGGAGCUAAUAAAGGAAGCGAUCCUUGACAAUGACUUCAUGAAGAAUCUGGAACUGUCUCAGAUCCAGGAGAUUGUGGAUUGUAUGUAUCCUGUGGAGUAUGGCAAAGACAGCUGCAUCAUCAAGGAAGGAGAUGUGGGUUCCCUGGUGUAUGUCAUGGAAGAUGGGAAGGUUGAAGUGACAAAAGAAGGUGUGAAACUGUGCACCAUGGGACCUGGCAAAGUCUUUGGGGAGUUAGCCAUCCUCUACAAUUGCACCCGAACAGCAACUGUCAAAACUCUCGUAAAUGUGAAACUUUGGGCUAUUGAUCGGCAAUGUUUUCAAACAAUAAUGAUGAGGACAGGCCUCAUCAAGCAUACUGAGUAUAUGGAAUUUUUAAAAAGUGUUCCCACAUUCCAGAGCCUUCCUGAGGAGAUACUUAGUAAGCUUGCAGAUGUCCUUGAAGAGACGCAUUAUGAAAGCGGAGAGUAUAUUAUACGACAAGGUGCUCGAGGGGACACUUUCUUUAUAAUCAGCAAAGGAAAGGUGAACGUUACUCGUGAAGACUCCCCCAGUGAAGAUCCGGUCUUUCUCCGUACUCUAGGGAAGGGAGAUUGGUUUGGAGAAAAAGCCCUUCAAGGGUUCCUAGAGACUCAGAGAAAGAUUUAAGUAAUUCAGUGGUUUUGGAGAGAUCUCUCUACCUAGGAGAGUUGAAGAUCUUUUG